GGCUGCCAUAACAACACCAAGCCAGGAGGUCACGAUGGAUCCGAUUCACGUUGUUGUACAUGCAGUAAACUGACUUUGUUCCAGUAAACUUUGUGGCUGGUUCCAUUUUGUUAGGUCACUAACUGUAUGUUAAAUCCUCACUGUAUUUGGCCUUGGGAUUGCGGAUCUCGCUUAUGAUUUAAGUGUAAAAUGUUGACAAUUACUCUCGUUAUUCUGUGUGAAUCGGGUUAGGUUGCUGAGCUCCGAGGAAUAUAAAGGUUUGAGCGAUCGUUUCUUCGGUGGUGUGUUUAGUUCUGGUAAGUGGGGGCCGUCAGGUUUGGUCAAUAUGCCCCACUGUCGCCCUACAAGUAGUGAGAAAGUGCUGCUGGAAGCCAUUGAAAAUGACAACGAUGCGAGGAAAAGAGCCGUCACGCCGGGUCGACGAAUGGGUAAACCGAUCCGGCCAACCUCAGCUCAGGCCAAGCUGCAGUCUCGCGGAACACCCAACGUGCUGGAAGAGACCCGUCCGGCCACCGCGGCGGCCGGGUCACGCGGGCUGGGCCACGCGGGCUUCACACCGUCCAGCUCCCGCGGACAGGUGUCGCAGACUACCUCGGCCUGGGGGACCAGGGUGAACGAUGACAUCCCCAAGAUUGAGACCCAGGUCAGGAGACUGACCUUGGGUGUUGUGGACGGACUGGCCGAGAAGGCAGACUCAGCGAUCACAAGGUCACGACAAACUGCACAUUCUGCACCAGUUACCAAGAUUGAGGAGCGUAUAAAUCUGGAACAUCUAAACAAGCUCAAGCACUCCUUUGAGACUGUAGACACGGAGAACUCAGGCACCCUGACUCUUGACCAGUUCAAAAGUGUCAUUCGCAGUUCUUUGGGGCUAAGAGGGAGGAAUGAUGAACAAAUUACAGCAUUAUUCAUGAAAAUUGAUUCCAACUCAGAAGGCUACAUAGAAUGGGAUCAGUUCUGUACCUACAUGCAGCUGGAGUAUGAAGAGAAGGAGGACGCCUAUCGGAGACAGAAGGAUGUCGAAAUACAUACGCCAGCAAACCUAGAAAACAUGCCACAUAGGGAGCCUGUACUACGCAUCACUAAUAUGUCCGAUGGAACAUUUGUGGCAACAAGUCAGGAUGGCACAAUAUCCUUCUGGAAUGGAAAUAUGGAACUGAAGAGAACAAAAUCUGUCAUGACGGAGCAAAAUGCUACCAGACAGAAGCCCAAGUGGGUGACAGAUUUUGUCUUGAUGCCACAGUACAACAAAUUCAUCUUAGGCACUGGUGAUCGGGAAAUACAGUUUUAUGAGCUGUCGACCUUUGAACCCUAUUGUCAAGUCACGGGCCUGGAGACCACACCAUUGAAAAUAACAUACUGUGCCACUGGCUAUGAUGAAUGCCUGAUCAUGUAUGGAGACUCUGAAGGCUGUAUCAACAUCAUCAUUAUCAAUGGCACGGGAGAAACAUUAAGAACUUGGAAGAAGAUGCCCAAGACAGAAGGCAUAGCCAGCGUGACCCUGGAAAAGGUGGCCCACUCCCCCCUGACACGCUUUGUCCGAUGGAAGGUCCACAAUGACUGGGUGGCUGAGCUCAGAUACUAUGACGAGAUUCGGUCCAUCAUCUCCUGCUCAAACAACGAAAGCACAGCUCUAGUCAUAGGUUGCACAACUGGUAGUACGCAUGUAGAAGCUCAACUGAAAGAAAUCAAGGAACAUUCCAACUUCCCUGAUGCUGCCGACAAGAAGAUGAAACUGGCCCAACAGAACUAUGCAAAUGCCAAGCGGCGGCUGGAGGCUGACCAGACCACCUUCCGUAUACAUAAAGGGGUGAAAAUCUUCGACUUCUGCAAGGAGAAGAACUUGAUCAUUACAGGGGGCAUGGACAGAAUCGUGCGCAUGUGGAAUCCGUAUGUACCAAGUAAGCCAACUGGUAUGUUGAGGGGCCACAAUGCACCUAUCUUCGCUCUCUUCAUUGCGCCUGAUGAGAAUAGAAUAUACAGCAUAUCACAAGACAAAACCAUCAAGGUCUGGGAUAUCAAGGACCAGGUGUGCAUGCUGACAAUCCGCCCAAAGACGCACAAAGUCAGAGGAGAUCUACAGGCCUGCCAUUACAACAGGGUUGCUAAGGGGUUUGCCAUAGCAACUGAUCAGAUGGCCCUGCUUAGUCACAGAUCAAAUCGUACACAACAGAAUGGCGAAGUUGCCUACUCACACAAGGAACCAGUCCAGUGUGCCAAAUUCAACCCCAGCUUCAAGCACAUUGUUAGCUGCUCAGAUGGAUCGGUUGUCAAGAUUUGGGAUUUUGAAACUGGCAAUGCCGUCUUUGAAUUCUCCCAAGCCCAUGACAAUAGUGCCAUAACUGCUAUGACCUUUGACACCUCCAAUCGCAGACUUAUAACAGGAGGGCGAGAUGGGAGGCUAAAGAUUUGGAAUUACAACAACGGGCACUGUUUGAAGAGAUUGGAAAGAGAGGAUGAUUUUGACGAGAUCACUGACGUCACCUACAUUGAGAUGAACAAGAAUCGGUUCAUCAUUUCAGUAGGAUGGGAUCGUCACAUCAACAUGUACACUGAUAACUCGGAGGACUUUAGACAUGUACAGCAUCCACUGCCAAAAUGGACAGAUGACUUGAGAGAUGGGCACAGAGAAGACAUUCUGUCUGUAGCAGUGUGCCUGCCCAGCCUUCUAGCGACAUCUAGUUAUGAUGGCGAGGUCAUUGUAUGGAAUAUUAUAUCAGGUCACAUCUACUGUCACCUCAGGUCACCAGUUCCUAAGGAUUAUGUGGCAGAAGAAUUGGAUGGGGACAACAGCAUAUGCAAGCUUCUCUUCCUGGCAACCAGAAAGGACAACAAAAGUGCAGCUCAACUCAUUGCCUCUGGCCCCAGAGGUUCUAUCCACUUUUGGAAUGUCUACAAUGGUGGAGUACUCUUUGCCCAGUUUAGUUCAUCUAAAAAUAGUAGUGCUCCAGUUACAACAAUGCAACUCACAGAUGACGAUUCUACGUUAUUUGCUGGAGAUUCAAGAGGUUUUGUAACGGCAUGGGAUGUGGAAGGUUACUGUCAGUUUGGUAAAGAAGAUAUACCACCACCAGUUCUAGGAUCAUGGAGAGCUCAUAUUGAAAGCAUAACAAGCAUGAACCUGAUACAAGCUCACAAUGUACUCAUCACCUCCUCGCUAGAUUGCACGGUGAGAUUAUGGACAACAGAAGGGCAUUAUGUAGGCACCUUAGGCCAGCAGCAGCCCUGGGAUAUCUACAACCCUUCCACCUUUGGCCACCCCAUGGUCCCUUACGAUGUCCUGGUGGAUCCCGUCAGCAUGCCAAGCCACCCCAUGAUGGAGUUGAAGGUGGCCAAUGGAGACUUUGAAGAAGAGGAGGAAGAAGACCAGGAUGACAGAGGGGAGGAAUCUCCGGAGAAGGAGGCGGAGAAAGAAGAAAGGAAGAGUGACAUCAUCAGUGUGAGCACCUAUACAUCCAAGACUGAGUUUCAUUAUGACGAUGACAUGAUAGCCAAAGAGCUUAAGCAGAAGCCCUUCAACAAAGGAACAGGCAAGAGGUUGCGCCACGAAAAGCUGAAGCCAAACCCUAAGGAUAGGGGCGGUCCCAACGCCUACCAGAACCUGAAGUGUUUUGAACUGGAUGACACCCCACCCAUCUCACCCCCAACUCGCUCCAGAGAGAAGAACGAUGAUCCGUUUGGCUUCCAGUUCUAGGCCUUCCUCUAUCCAAGGCGCAAAUAACUAACAUGACCCCUUUCAUGCAUGACCAGCAGUCAGGAUGCUGCCAAACAAACACACUAGAUUUCAUCCUCAGCAGCCAAUGUGUGUGCAUGUGCGGUGGUGCAAAACUGCUUGGUACCAUGGUCGUCACUGCCCUGAAAGGCAUUGAUUUCGUGGAAGGAGUGCGGUGAAUUAAUGGCUGAAAUUCAUACAAAACUUGCGAAACUGCACGUUGUGCCAGAUAUCUGCAUGUAUCCCCAGGCUUCAUUUUAAUAAUCCUAAAGCACAUUGUCUGUUCAUGCGUGUGUGGCCAAGCCUGGCUUACCCAUGGUGUAGUGGUAACCAAGGAUGGAUCCAGAACCUUUUUUCGG